AUGCCCAAGGCACGCCCAGCUACCACGGGCUACGAACGCCUUGCUCAGGCUGACCGGUUUUCCGACGACUCCGACGACGAUGAAGGCGCCGGCGCAGCCACCUUCGCUUCGCUGCAAUCAUCCGCUGCUGCCGCCGCUCUUUCCGGAACCUCGGGAGCAAACCCUCGCUAUGCGUCCAUUGUCGGCGGGCAACAACCGAGGCCCCAUGGCGGUAUGAGUACAGGCGGCCACGACCGGCGGGCAUCGUACCAGCAAAAUAACUACCGCCGGCGACGCACCAACUCCGGCGUCGACCUCAAGGCAAUCAACGCGCGCCUCGAGCGGUGGGCCGAUGAGAUUGCCAACAAGUUCAAGCGCCACCAGAAGAAGCGAGGACAAGAAGACGAGGGCCGCCUCGAAAUCCACUACUCUGUGUUCCAGGCUCCCGAGGGCGUGCGGCCAGCAACAGCCGAGACACUGGCACGGACAGCGGCCGGCGCACCCGACGCAACAAACGUUCCAUCCUCUGUCAUUACCGAAGCUGAGUUCGAGUCCAUUGUCGACAGCGUGCGGACCGCCAUCCGUGAAGGCACGCACCCCCGCAUGAUUUCGCAAGGCAGCUCUGGCAGCUACUUCGCGCGCAACCCAGAGGGCAAGGUGGUCGGUGUCUUCAAGCCCAAGGACGAGGAGCCGUAUGCUGCUGGCAACCCCAAAUGGAACAAGUGGAUUCACCGGAACCUGUUUCCCUGCUGUUUCGGACGAGCCUGCCUCAUUCCCAACCUUUCCUACGUCAGCGAGGCCGCCGCCUACGUCCUCGACAACCAGCUACGCACCUACAUGGUGCCUUAUACCGACGUCGUCUACCUCUCGUCCAAGUCCUUCCACUAUCCCUUCUGGGACCGAUACUCCCACUCGCGCAACCGGAAACCACUACCGGCCAAGCCUGGCAGCUUCCAAGUUUUCCUCAAAGGCUUCAAAGACGCCAAUAUCUUCCUCCGCGAAAAUCCUUGGCCGGACCAAUACCUGUCUGGCUUUCGCACGAGCGAUCGCCACCGCAACGGCCGCACCGGUCGUUGGGCCGACAACUGCCGGCCAGGCUCUAGGCGUACCUCCAAAACGCCAAAUGGAUCGAACCUGAGGAGCAGGAGCUCUGGCGGUGCUGGCGGUGACCUAGGUGACGAGACGAAUUACAGCGACUACGACGAGAACGAGGAUGCCAGCGCAGCAUCAACGCCGGGGCCCGAUAACUUUGUGUGGACCGAAACCCUGAAACAGUCUUUCCGCGAAGAACUGGAGAAGCUUGUCAUUCUUGAUUACAUUAUGCGCAACACGGACCGUGGCCUCGAUAACUGGAUGAUCAAGGUCGACUGGCCGAGCCAAGAAGUGUCAAUCACCUCGGAGCCCAUGCACCUCAACAUGGACGGCGCCAGCGGCAGUGCUAACGGCAGUCCUGGCUCCGAGGCCCCGCGUCCCGUCGACCUCUCUCAACGACCGGCCCAUAGCAACCGUGCCCGGGCGCCCUACCGCGCUCAGAAACCGAUGGAGGCCUCCACACCACCCGCCAGCAGCACUCUGCAGCCCAACAUCCACAUUGGAGCCAUCGAUAACUCGCUGUCCUGGCCUUGGAAGCAUCCGGAUGCCUGGCGCAGUUUCCCCUUUGGCUGGCUCUUUUUGCCCGUGGACCUCAUCGGCCGGCCCUUCUCGCAAAGGACGCGCGAUCAUUUCUUGCCGCUUCUGACGUCGCCGGCUUGGUGGUCGCAGACCCAGCUUGCCCUCCGCCGCGUCUUCCAGAUGGACCCCGAUUUCCAGGAACGCAUGUUUGCUCGCCAGAUUGCCGUCAUGAAGGGCCAGGCUUGGAACGUUGUCGAGACUCUCAAGACGCCCGACCACGGCCCCCUCGAGCUGACACGGCGGGCCAAGGUCUGCGUCUGGGACGACUUGGUCGAAGUGCCGAUUGCCGUUCCUAUGCGUGCCACCAGCUCUGAGAUCCGCCGCCGUAACGAGUUUGAGCUAUCCCGGGCCAUGGACGAAGAAAUGGACAUUGGCGCCAUCGGAGGCGUUGACGGCAACGGCGAUGGCCGUCGCGGCGGAAAGAAACCUGCCACGACCACCAUGACCAGCAGCGACUCGUAUUUUGACAACGUGGAAGGAACCAACGACCCAGAGGAUUUGCUCGUCAGCGCCACAUCUCCGCUACCCAAUCCGGGCCGCUUUGAGCUGACCAAGGAGUUGGUCGCCGAGGAAGACGAGUCUGGCGAGGGUGCUGCUGGCGAAUCGUCGAACAUGAAUGACGCCAACUCACCUCCGGCGCCGUCGCCCGCGUCCUCGCAACUGCUAUCCGUCGAGUCGCCUAAUGCCCGCGGCGGCAGCCGGCGAAACCUGUCGUCUGCCGCUGCCAGUGCCGCGGCCCAGCGGCAAAAGAUGCCCCCCCAGCACCAGCGCCGGUACAGCUAUACGACAGCAGCCUCGCGGCGGAAUAGCAACACCAUUGCACAGCAGCUGUACGGUGAGCGGCACGGUGCCGCGGCAGGCGGUAGCGGGAGCAACUCCAUGUCGUCCUCCAUGCUCCUGCCGCACCACCCGCCCCGCCACCACCGGGCGGCUUCGCUGGACAACUACUUUUACGACGACCGGGCCGGUGACGAGGACAUCGAGGGCGACCUAGGCUAUGCAGCGGCCGAGGGCAUGGAGAACAACCGCCGGCGCGUGAUUGUAGAGCGUCUUGAGCCGGUGAAGACCAAGAACCCGGUGUUUACAUGGUGUUGA